AACAAAUUUCACGUGAGUGGUAGACAAAGAUGGCGGAAGUGUCAACGUAUUUGCUGCUGGUGUUGCGUGGACUGGAGUUCCUGGUGGAGGAAGAGAUCCGAUCCAAACUGCAGGUGGAGAGUCUGGAGAUAUGCAGUGUGCAGGAGAACCCACGACCGCCUUACAUGCAGGUGCUACAGGGCCAAGCGGCUGUGGGAAGGAUCAUCCUGCAGACAAAGUCGUCGGCUGCAAAAGUCCAGGAACUACAGUCCGUGCAGGCGACACUUGCGUUGCUGGCUAAGAGCGAUGAUAUCGACACGGAGAGUGACGCUGGUGUGAAGCAGAUCGGGCAAUUGGUGCAGAAUGCUGACUGGGACUCGGCUGUGAAGCUGUGGAAACAGCACUCUGUACGUCCAGUAGAGGACAACGAGAUCAAAUUUCGAGGCUCAUGUGUGCGCGAUGGCAAACACAAGUACAACUCGCAAGUUGUUGCGGGAGAAGUUGGUGCGAGAGUGGUGGAAAAGUUCGGCUGGACUGUGAACCUGACAGAGUUCGACGCGGAGGUGGUGGUGAUCAUCUUCUAUAAGUUCAUGGUCGCUGGCAUUGCACUGGCAGACCCACGUAAGAUUCAGUUCCGCAAUCGACUGGCGAACGAGAGUCGCAGUGCAUUAGCAGACAGCGACUACAUUUCGACGCUGCGUCCUAGCACUGCCUACCUCAUGCUACAGCUCGCAAAGCACAACUAUGGUGAUGUAGUACUAGAUUCAAUGUGUGGAAUCGGCACUCUUCCAAUCUGUUCGGCUGAUUUCACGAACGACGGAGUGUAUGCUCUUGGAGGCGAGCUGGAUGAGCUUCCGUCGGGCAAAGCAGGUCAGAACGCGGUUACUCGGCCACGACCCGUGGAUAUUGCGCGCUGGGACAGCACACGGUUGCCUCUACGCAGCCACAGUGUCGACCGAGUGAUGAUCGACAUGCCGUUUGGCGUUCGCUGUGGCAACCAACGCCAAAACAACAAGAUGUAUCCGAAAGUGUUCAAAGAGCUACUCCGUAUUCUACGUCCUGAUGGUCGAGCUGUGCUGUUGGUGAUGUCCAAGAAGUUGUUCAAGGGAGCUGUCAAGGAUCUACCCUGCCGCGUUGUGGCCGAGCACAUGGUGAGCAUCGGUGGUCUAGGCGGUGGCAUCUACGUCAUCGAGCCUUCUGCAUCCAUCCCAUCUCAACCUACAGAGGUAAAACCCUCCACCAUCGGCCAGAAACGCAAUGCUAGCAGCGUCAGCACCUAA